GGUGUUCACCAUGGCAGCUUGGGUUAGCGGAGAGAGCAGGAGUAAGCGAGUAAGUGUGCUGCUAUUCCUCAUAUCCUUUUACUUGAUGGCUCUGAUCCCCUUCUCAUGUUCUGCUGCUGGGAUGCCCAAUUCCCGUCAAAAGCUCGAAAUUCAGAACCACUUGAAACGCCUCAACAAGCCCGCCGUUGAAAGCAUUAAGAGCCCAGAUGGAGAUAUCAUUGAUUGCGUCCAUACUUCUAAUCAACCUGCAUUCGACCAUCCUUCUCUCAAAAACCAUACAAUUCAGACGAGACCUAGUUUUCAUCCAGAAGGGCUUUUCGACAAAAACAAAACCACUACCAAGUCCGAACAAAGUUCAAACUUCAUUACUCAGUUGUGGCACUUGAGUGGAAGAUGCCCUGAAGGAACCAUACCCAUCAGAAGAACAACCAAAGAUGAUAUUCUAAGAGCAGAGAGAUGA